AUGUCCUCGGUUGGCAAUGGUGCCUCGCUGGGAGAUGAGCCAAUCCUUGAGGAUGAUGAUGACGACGACGAUGAAUACGAUGAUGAGGAUGAGGAUGAAAAUGAUGACGAUGAUGUUGAGGGAGGUGAUGCUAGUGGAAGAUCUAGGCAGACAAGGAGUGUGAAGAAGAGCAGGAAAGCCAUGGAGAAGCUUGGCAUGAAGGUCAUUACUGGUGUGAACUGUGUAACUAUCAAAAAGAGCAAGACCGUUACGUUUGUCCUCUCCAAGCCAGAUGUCUUCAAGAGCUCACACUCAGAAACCUAUGUCAUUAUCGGGGAGAUCAAGUUCGAGGACCUGAACACUGAGCUGCAGACACAAGCGGAGCAGUUCAAGGCGCCGGGCCCGAGCAGGGUCAAUUCGAUGGGUGAGCCCUCCGUGGCAGCAGUCCAAGAUGAUGAGGAGGUCGACGAGACCGGUGUUGACAAGAAGGACGUCGAGCUCGUGAUGAUGCAGGCCUCUGUGUCGAGAUCCGGGGCCGUGGAGGCACUCAAGGCUGCGGAUGGCGAUAUUGUCAGCGCCAUCAUGGAGUUGACUAACUACGUCCUGGAAGGUGGAGUUGUGUCCUGA